CCCUGCUCACGGUCCUAAAGUACACACACGGCACGAACGCCUUAAACCACAACGUCACUGCAUGACGAGUAGGGCCUAGGACCUUAGACAACAAAGUAGGUGAGCGUAUCAACUCACUCACGUGCACCAGCGCACCAACCAACCCACUGACUGCACUCACUGUCUGCCCACAUCACAUCACCACACCACACAUCGCUGCUGGGAACGACUCAUUGCGCAACACUGUCCAGCCAAACGGGGCUGCGGGCGAGAGGGAGGCCCGUCAGGAGAACUCCACCUCCACCAGGUAACGGAGGCAGAUCUGCGCCACAUCCUGAUGAUCCACACACACACACACACACACGAGGGGGAGCGCACACACACACAAAGAAUUCUCCUUGCCACCCAUCCAUCCAUCGCUCGCUCGCUCCUCACGUAGACGAUAAACUCAUUGUAGUUGAGGGAUCUGUACGAUUUCGUUGACUCGAUGGCAUUGGCGGCGGGCACCCUCACGCCACUGGGCAGCGUCACCGUCUUGGCGGGGUCGGGGAACAUGCGACCCAUCCCCUUGGUGCUCAGCUUGCCCUCGGGCAGCUUCUUGAGCGACAGCGAACAGUCGCCAGAAUUCAGCUCGUUCAUCUUGCCAAGGGCCACCUCAGCCAGCAGAAGCAGACCUGGACACGUUCGCACACAGACAACACCGCGAAGAGAGAGACAGCCAGGGAUGUGUGUGUGUGUGUGUUGGUUGGUUGCGAGGGCGUGUGUUGACUGACCGAUGUUUUCGUUGCCGCGUCUGUGUCCCCCCCACGAGUAGACAUUGCAGUACUGUGCCGACUUGCUGACCAUGUCGGCGAAGUACACGCCCUUGCCGAACAUGUAACCCGUAGAGGGAGCUGCACACACAUACCCAACGACCCGUUGAAGAGCACUUUCUGUGCAUGUCAGUCAGUACUGACCUUCUGGUGGAGCGAUUCGCAAGCCCUAGGAUGAGACAAAGACAGGUGCACGAAAGGCGCCCCUCAUCAGUCAGCACAUUCAUUCAUCACGUGUGUACUGUAUAUGAUGCAUGCGCACCUGUGAGAGGAUUCCCACAUAGUUGGUCAGGCGGCUCCCGUGCCACAGCAGCAGCCUGACGUGAAUGCACACACCAACAGACAAGCGAGAGGGCAUCCGUUGAUCAGACGCAUAAUGGUGGGUAGAUUCCUGACCUGUUGUCGUUGUCUUUGUGUUUAGAGAAUCGUUGUUCCUCCCCCUCCCUGUGGAUCUCAUAGACAUUCUUGGUCUUGAGCUUCCAGUACGAGUGGGUCUUGCCGUGAGUCCUGGACACGUAACUCGCGAUCAACUGACCGACAACAGGAAAGGAAUGGAACGGAAUAUUUGACCAGACAGACGUGCCUGUCGGUGUGUGUCGUGCGUGGGGUCACUGACUUUGUACAUGUCCUCUGUGGACUUGAGAGGCCUGAUGUCGCACCGCAGGCUCCUGCAGACAAGACAAGACAAGAAAGACACCGUCACCGGUAACGCAGCUGCCUUGGGGCCAGUGUGCAUGUGCCUACCUGUAUUUCGCAUCUGCUGGGUGCUCACUGACGUCAGACCGCUCCUUGAGCAGCUUGGUGGCGAUCUCUGCGACGGAUAUCAGCACAUGACAGGCGCGUGUGCACGUGUAUGUGGGCCCUUCCAGUGGUCCGUUGACCGACCUAUGUCUGCGAGUGCUUCGAGCAUCCUCAGCUUCUCCCUCACUUUGCUUGGGCUAUCCAGGAUGUAACUGGCCAAAUUGCGCAUCCUGAAACACGUCCAGCCAGCAACAUCAGGCAGGUAGUAUGUGUGUGCAGUGGGCGUGUGCAUUGGAUGCCGACCCGAAGUCGUGCGGGAUGAUGGUGUAGAAUUGGGAAGACAGAUCCAUCAGCUGCUCCCUGCAGCAGGGAGAACACGCAGACCGUAUUGCCGGGGUGUGUGUGUGUGUGUGUGUGUGUGCGUCUGUGGUACCUGUUACCGCCCUGGUUGAGCGCAUCAUCGAUCUGUUUGAGUACUUCAUAGGCACGUUGGAUCAUCCCUUUCGAUAUCUUCCCUAGGGGCAGCUUCUUGCUAUCAUACCCUAUCAGACGCUGUCAGACAGAAAGAGGAAAGAAACACCUGCCUGCCGAAUGAAUAUGGACCAGCGUGGCCACGUGCAGGUGUACAUGUCCCUACCAUAGAGUCGUCCAUCAUCUUCAUGUCGGAUAUCCGCUCCACCAGCGCCAGCACCUUCGCAUGCAGCUUGCUUUUGGCCUUGUGCGGCUGAUCGAUCGGCAAACACACACAGAACAGAUGAAAGGAAUGGAUGUACUGGACUGCGACGGCUAAGCUUUGGCGUACGUCCUUGGCAGGUUUGGGUUUGUAUGAAGGGUCUCUGAGCCUCUUGCUGAUCUUCUGCUCCUCUUCCUCGGUCGACGACGAGUAGUCCAUCUCGAUCAAGGUAUACUGGUUGGUAUGACACGCACGCCAACAUGUGGCGAGUGAGUGAUGGGUCGUUGGUGUGCCUGCCUGCCUGCCUGCAUACCCUGUCGGUGGCCGGCUGGAAGUCCUUGACCGUCUCAGCGCCGCUGCCCUUCCUGCACACCACCCAGACAGCCACACUUGUAGGCUUCCUUCGGACAAACAGUACCAUGCGUUUUUGGUCUUGUCCCUGAAUUUCCUCCGGAACGCACUCUUGGCAGCGCCCUGCAGACAAAGGGAUCGUUGACAAACACGACACAGACAUGCACGGCUGCCUCCUCUGCUGAGCAUCCGUACGAUGUCUUGAAAAUGGUCGCAGUGGCUGUUGCCGCUGUAGCCGACGCGGCCCCAGCGAUUCCAACACACAUAGUCAUUUGGGUUGGUGUCGUGCUCCAACAACUGCACACACACCACAAACCACAAACCACACAGCAGGACAUGAACCACUAUGUUCUAUAUCGCAUGUUUUGUUUGAGUGCCUGCCUGUAUGAUGUAGUAUUUGUUGUUGUUGGAGCCCAGCUUGGCCAGGUUGAGGUUGGCGUCCCACAGCUCGUCCUCAUUCUGGUACACCUGGCAAGCAAAGCAACACACGAACCCACAAGACACACACAGACCGCCUCAUUCACCGCUGGGGCGGGCUCUUGUCGGUACGUGAUAGCUGUCCUUCUCGCUGAAGUAGCGAUCGACCUGAACUCCAAGGAAGAUGCAACGAAGCCACUUAUCGGUCUGUCCAUAUUGACACAAGAGACUAAUGCCCACUCACUCACCAUAGCGAUUCCCUUGGCGACACCCUCGACCAUCUUCUUGUCAUCGUCGUCGGAUCUCUUCCGAGGCCGACCCGCCCGCCUUUUCUUCUGAAGCACGCACGCCACAGACCCAUCCACACACCACAAACCCACACAAUCGAUGAAGGACCUGCACCGACGGAUCUUUCUAUUUGCUUGCCUGCGUCCCGCUGUCACCAUCAGCCGUGGCAACGGCGACCUUGGCAUCGGUGGCUGCUGCACACAAACACACACAGACAAGCAGACAAGGAGGAUAGUGUUUGCACACCGCCCACGACACAGACAUCUCGUUUUCAAAUCCCACCUUGUGUAGAGUUUCCAUCUCCGUCGCCAUCUGCAGCCGGCAACAGCAGCAGGGGAGGUGUGGGAGGCCGCAGAGGCAGACGCUUUGUGAAAUGCAGCCGUGGUUGAAGGGCUGGCGCGAGAGAAGGAAGGAACGCAGAGUCUGCCCGUCGGCGAGAUGCGACCAAUGAAACAGCAGGCGCGACAAGCAAUCCAACAAGCAGUACCAACAUGAAAACACCGAUGAAUCAAACUGCU